AUGUCCAUCCAUUUUGGAUGCACCAACGAAACCAGCUUCACCGCAGUCUACAUCUUCCGCACAGAUCCGCUUUCCGCUCAAGUAUUGCUAGCUACCGCCUUAGUCCAGGUACGCCCGCAUCAUGGUAAUCCAAUCACCGCCAGAGUGUUGAUUGAUCAAGGUUCAGAGCUCUCAUUUAUGAGACAGUCGCUCUUCAAGAAGCUUGGACAACCGCUACAGCGUGACAUGGUCAUGCUCAAGGGCAUUGGCAAUGUCUCCGCAAGAAGCUCACUAGGUGUGAGCACAAUUGAGCUUCGUUCACUGUGUACGACCGCAUCAAUGCAUGUCAGCAUGCAUAUUCUACCAACACUGACGGUAGAUCUUCCAUCGUUCGUGAUCGCUGAUCCGAAAUGGCCGCAUCUUGAGAAUCUCAAGCUCGCUGACCCACAGUAUCUACAGCCACGCCCUGUAGAUAUUAUUCUAGGUGCAUCACCAGCCGCACAGAUCAUGAACGCAGAGAUUCAACGAGGACCUCGCAAUGCUCCUAUUGCACAAUCCACCACGCUUGGUUGGAUUGUCUAUGGAGCUGUCACCGCUAAACACGCUUCAACAUCACACGCAGCACUACAUGCGUCAGUAGAUACUGAAUUACAAGACGCUAUCGCUAAGUUUUGGGAACAGGAAGAAGUUCCAUCAGGAAAUUCACCGCUCAACACCGCUGAAGAAGACGAAUGUGAAAUUCACUUUCGUCAAACGCAUUAUCGACAGCCUGAUGGACGCUACGUAGUGAGAUUACCGCUUAAGGCCCUUGAGAGUCAACUUGGCGACUCUAUCAACGCAGCUAUGGGGUCACUCCGCAGAUUAAUAACUCGCUUAUCGCGAGAAAGAGAAUAUUCUGACAUGUAUCGUGCAUUCAUGGCAGAAUACAUUCAACUAGGACACAUGGUACGAGUACCAGUCAACGAAUUGCCCGCAAACGCUUACUUCUUGCCUCACCAUGGGGUAUGGAAGCUUGAUAGUGCCACUACGAAGCUCCGCACAGUGUUCAAUGGUUCCUGUGCAACAUCUACAGGAAUUUCAUUGAACGACAUUUUCCACGCAGGACCCAAAACGCAAAUUGACAUUUUUGAUGUGAUGUUGAGAAUCCGUUGCAGCAGGAUUCUAUUCGCUACUGACAUCACCAAGAUGUUCAGACAGAUUGAGGUCGACUCGCUUGAUUGGCCGCUUCAGUGCAUUCUCUGGAUAGAUGAGAAUGACUUAAUAGACGCUUACUGUCUCAAGACAGUCACAUACGGAACCGCUAGUGCACCUUUUGACGCAGUACGUGUGCUUAUCCAACUAGUAAAGGAUGAAGGACACCGCUUUCCGCUAGCUGUUGCUCUAAUGUUGAAAACACGCUACGUAGAUGACAUCUACGGUGGAGCAGACAACGAAGAAGACGCUAUCAAGGCUGCAGUACAAACAAAAGCUCUGUAUGCAGCAGGCUGCUUCCCGCUUGCCAAAUGGGCUAGCAAUAGCCCACGGUUACUCGCUGAAGUCGCUCCAGAAAAGCAGCUGGAUACACCGCUUAAAGAAAUCAGUGAUGCACCAGUAAAAGUCCUGGGCAUGUACUGGAAUUCACGCACUGACGCUCUCCAGUUCAAGUACACGCUACCACCAGAGACGCCCAAGACAAAAAGAGCUAUUUUGUCUGAAAUCGCUAAGCUGUAUGGUCCGCUAGGACUUCUCGCACCAAUAGUCGUCAAAGCCAAGAUCUUUAUGCAAAAUCUGUGGCUAGAUAGAGUGUCAUGGGAUGAACAAUUGUCACCAUCACUCAUUCACAAAUGGACUGGAUACCGCGAGGAUCUUCGAAACAUCGAAUCCAUCCGCAUUCCACGCUGGAAUAAUAUAGCACCUGGAGCAACUAUGGAAUUGCACGGGUUCUCAGACGCUUCGCAAAACGCUAUGGCUGCCGCUGUUUAUUUGAGAGUCACUGACGCUGAUGGGAACACAAAGGUCUCACUUCUGUGUUCAAAAACGCAAGUAGCACCGCUGAAGACCAUGACGAUCCCACGCUUGGAAUUAUCUGCCGCAUGGUUGCUAACACAACUGAUACUUCAUGUUAAAGAAGUUCAGUCGCUUGAAAAUGUCAGGAUCAAUCUCUGGACUGACUCCGCCGUGACUCUCGCAUGGAUUAAAAGUCCAGCAAUCCGCUGGAAGACAUUCGUCCGCAAUAGAGUGGGAAAAAUCCAAGAAACGCUUCGAGAUGUCCCCUGGAAAUUUAUUCCAGGAAAACAAAACCCCGCUGACUGCGCUUCAAGAGGUAUACCUACGCUAAAACUGAAACAACACGCUCUCUGGUGGCAUGGACCAACUUGGCUUCAUGAACCAGAAUCCUCUUGGCCCACUCUGGAGCCUCCAACCGACAACGCAACGCAUCGAGAAGAACGCCAAGGUCUGACACUAGUAACUUGGAAAGCAGAAAAUUGCCUGCUCCAACAAUUACUGUCGCAUUACACGCAGCUGUUUCCACUGCUACGGAAGCUUAGCAUCUGGCAUCGUGCCAUCGACCGCUUUAAAAGAGUUCCACAAUCUUCGCUGGCCUACCCGCUUACUCCAUCAGACCUGGAGCGCGCUAAAUUGACCUUGAUUAAGUUCACUCAAGGACAAUACUUCGCUAGAGAGAUUCACACGCUACAAGAUAGUGAUGGGGUCCUGAGAGUCGGUGGCCGCUUGAAAAACGCAUUGCUGGACCCAGAAGAGAGGCAUCCAGCGAUUCUACCGCGACAAUCACCGCUUACAUCAAUUUUGAUUGAUGAUUCGCACCGCAAAACGCUUCACGGAGGUACUCAGCUUACGCUCGCUGACUUACGCAAGAGUGUCUGGAUCAUUGGAGGCCGUGUUCCAGUCAGAUCAUUUAUUUUACGCUGCGUUAUCUGCACGAGACACCGUGGAGAACGCGCUCAACAGUUGAUGGGUCAACUACCCGCCGCACGAGUACAGCCAACUCGAGCCUUCUUGCAUACAGGACUCGACUACGCUGGACCUAUCACGCUGAAAACGUUUCAAGGACGUGGAGCAAAAACAUACAAAGGCUGGAUUACAGUCUUUGUAUGCAUGUUCAGUUCAGCUGUACAUUUAGAGCUAGUAACUGACUACACCGCUGCCGCUUUCAUCGCCGCUUCACCAGUCGCCGAGGUAUCUGCCACACGCUAUAUUCAGACUGUGGAACCAAUUUUGUAG